CUGCUGCUCCAAUUACCAGCAACAUGACCCAAUCGACAUGUCGACGUACAGAGAAGCUUUCGCAAAGAGAAUGGCUAUGGCCGGUCUCAAGCCACAUCACCGUAUUGCUAUUGGUGUUUCUGGUGGCCCAGACAGUAUGGCACUGUGUGUAUUAGCUGCCGGAUGGAAGAGUGAUGGCCUAAAUGCUGCUUCCCAUAUGAGCAGUGGGUUCAUUGGUGGACUUUUGGCAAUAGUUGUUGAUCAUGGAUUCCGUGCUGAGAGUAAACAUGAAGCGAGCAUUGUUUGCCGUCGAGUUAUGGAUAUGGGAAUCAAAUGUGAGAUUGCUCAUUGUGAAUGGUCAAAUGGUAAGCCCAACCAGGGUCACUUACAAGAAGCAGCUCGUGAUAAGAGGUAUCAAAUUCUACAGGAUGUUUGCGUUCAACACCUGAUUGGCGUGUUAUUAAUAGCACAUCACGCAGAUGACCAGAAACAAAAGCUUACAAGCAUAAUGCAGGCGGAGUUAUUCAUUCUCAGAUUAUCUCGUGGUAGUGGUGUGCUUGGACUUGCUGGCAUGGCAUUCACUUCCCAAUUGUUCACUAAAUGUUCAGAUUUUGAUGGUGAAGCUUCAAGCAGGCAUGGCAUUCUAUUAGUGCGACCACUCUUGGAGUACUCAAAAGGCGACAUGUACAAGAUAUGUCAAGGGGGUGAUCAAGAAUGGGUGGAAGAUCCAACAAAUCAAAGUGCAUUGUUUGCUCGUAAUAGGAUCCGUAUGUCAUUGAAAAACUUGUCAUCAGCGAUCUUCAAUUCUGAAUUACAAGCAGUUAUAUCUGCCUGUCGGAGAACACGGUUGCAUGUUGACCAAAUUUGUCGUAAUUUAUUAAACAAGGCUGUGACUGUCAUGCCUGGGGCGGGGAGAACCCUCUUGAAAGAGACAUGGCCCCAAUACAAUAAGUGUGCUGUUGACUUUCUGUAUAUGAUUCAUAUAUUAAUACGGGAGUCUACAUUUGAAUAUGAUAUGCGGUGUGCAUUGGUCCCGGUUGGAAUCACCAAGUUUUCGAAGCUGAUCGAAAGAGCUACGGAAUUCAAAGAGAAUACCCCCGCUGAAACACAGCCUUUGCCGGAUCACCAAGCUUAUUACUCUCUAAAUCUGCCAACUGCUUCAGCCAAUAUUGCCACAGCUGAAACAGAGGAUGAUGUAGAAGAAGAAAAUCUCCCGAUUCAGCCUUCUUCUACAUCAUCGGUUUCCCCUUCCCCUUCGCUACCAGCUCCUUCUCACCUUUCGAACCGACCGCUUCCCGAUCUCAACCUUCCCCCGGCUCCUUCGCCGGAGCCUGCCCCUCCUGCACCACUUUCGGCGGAAGAAGAACAAGACCUUCUAACGAAAAGGGAGCAGGUAAAGCGUGAACUGCGGAUACUCCUGAGAAUUGGCUAUGACCGCAGGGGUCGGAAUGAGAAAAACGGUUGA